CUGAUAUUUUUAUGUGGGAACGUAGAAUUCAGUAAUUCUCCCCAAAGUGUUGAAUGAAUGUUUCUGUGCUAGGUGCUGAGGAUGCAGAGAGGAUUAAGACGCAGUUUUUAUCCUCAAGGAGCACGCACUUUCGUAGAAGACACAAGAGUGUAAAGAGACGACGUCAGUUCUGGGCAAUGCUUAUUGUUGGAGAACAUCAGUUGACGGGCCAUAAAGUCGCAGUUAAAAUCUUAAAUAGACAGAAGAUUCGCAGCUUAGAUGUGGUUGGAAAAAUUAAAAGAGAAAUUCAAAAUCUAAAGCUCUUCCGUCAUCCUCAUAUUAUCAAACUAUACCAGGUGAUCAGCACUCCAACGGAUUUUUUUAUGGUAAUGGAAUAUGUGUCUGGAGGCGAAUUAUUCGACUACAUCUGCAAACAUGGACGGGUUGAGGAGAUAGAAGCCCGGCGGCUCUUCCAGCAGAUCCUGUCCGCUGUGGAUUACUGCCACAGACACAUGGUGGUUCACCGAGACCUGAAACCGGAGAACGUGCUCUUGGACGCCCACAUGAAUGCCAAGAUAGCUGAUUUUGGACUAUCUAAUAUGAUGUCAGAUGGGGAAUUUCUACGAACGAGCUGUGGCUCUCCAAAUUAUGCGGCCCCUGAAGUCAUCUCAGGCAGAUUGUACGCCGGCCCCGAAGUUGACAUCUGGAGCUGCGGCGUGAUCUUGUACGCUCUGCUCUGCGGCACCCUCCCGUUUGACGAUGAGCACGUACCGACGUUGUUUAAGAAGAUCCGAGGGGGGGUUUUCUAUAUCCCAGAAUAUCUCAAUCGUUCUGUGGCCACUCUCCUGAUGCAUAUGCUGCAGGUUGACCCUCUGAAACGAUCAACUAUCAAAGACAUACGAGAACACGAAUGGUUUAAACAAGAUCUGCCCACUUAUUUGUUUCCUGAAGACCCCUCCUACGAUGCUAACAUCAUCGACGACGAGGCUGUGAGAGAAGUGUGUGAAAAAUUUGAGUGCACGGAAUCCGAAGUGAUGAACAGUUUGUACAGUGGCGACCCUCAGGACCAGCUCGCAGUGGCUUACCACCUCAUCAUCGACAACCGGAGGAUCAUGAACCAGGCCAGUGAGUUCUACCUCGCCUCCAGCCCCCCGACUGGCUCCUUCAUGGAUGACAGCGCCAUGCACAUUCCCCCGGGCCUGAAGCCUCACCCGGAAAGGAUGCCACCCCUGAUAGCAGACAGCCCUAAGGCAAAGUGUCCCCUGGACGCGCUCAAUACCACCAAGCCCAAGCCUUUGGCUGUGAAGAAAGCCAAGUGGCAUCUUGGAAUCCGAAGCCAGAGCAAACCCUAUGACAUCAUGGCUGAAGUUUACCGCGCUAUGAAGCAGCUGGAUUUUGAAUGGAAGGUAGUGAAUGCAUACCAUCUUCGUGUGAGAAGAAAAAAUCCAGUGACUGGGAACUAUGUGAAAAUGAGCUUACAACUUUACCUGGUUGACAACAGGAGCUACCUUUUGGACUUUAAAAGCAUUGAUGACGAGGUAGUGGAGCAGAGGUCCGGUUCCUCAACACCUCAGCGUUCUUGCUCUGCUGCUGGCUUACACAGACCAAGGUCGAGUUUCGAUUCUACAGCUGCGGAGAGCCAUUCACUGUCGAGCUCUCUCACUGGCUCUCUAACGGGAAGCACCGUGUCCUCUGCGUCGCCUCGCCUGGGCAGUCACACCAUGGAUUUUUUUGAAAUGUGUGCCAGUCUGAUCACUACGUUAGCCCGUUGACGGUCUGUCCCUGGUUUCUGUCUUCCUGUUACUGCACUGUGAAAAUGAGAUAUAUUCUUUGAAUUAUUAUCUUCCAUCUGGAUGACAUUAUCUGUAAUACUAACUGAGAGACAUCAAUAUUUCCAGGGGACACACAAUGAUGGUGAAAUUACUGAGAACAAGAAAAAUCUGGACUUUGUUGUAGAAAUCUGUGAUUCUGUUGUGCCUCUGAUCAAUGUACACAGGCAGUGUUUUUAAUAGGUGAACAUCGGUAAAGAUGGUGAGUUACGAUCGUGAGUUCAGAUGAUUAACGCACCUCACUGACAAACCAUCUCAAUGGAAGGGUGGUUUGCCAAUACCUCCUUGCUUUACUGUUUCGGUAGAUCCAGUUUACUCCCUCAAAUUUUGUAGGCCUUGGUUUGUUUAUGUCCCCAGUUUUCUUGAGCAGGAAGAUUAAAAAGGAAAACAACCGUUAAUAAGAUACUAUGUAAAUGUCGACAUCAUAAAAGCUUGCCUCCCCUAAAUUCAGAAGCCAAGUUCUUCUAACAGUCCUUGACAAAUUCUACCUAGUGUUCAACAGAAGGGCUAUGGUCCUAUCACAGUAAACAAGUUUCCAGGUUCCUGAAAAGAAAAUGCAGGCCAUUCUGGAUUUUAUCUUGAGAUUUCCUUGAAUAAUAUAUUUAUCUUAUAAAGAGCCUUCAAGGUGUGACUUAAUUUUAGAAUAUCUGGAAUUGCAGCAGUUUUCAUAGACUCUUGUCACGUUAAAAUUUACCUGGAAAACCUACCUUUCUCAAAUUCUUUUUGAUUCUAGUUAUUUUUGCCCUUCACCAAGAGUAAGAUAGACAGUUAAAUGAAACAAAGCAAGAUGUCCACAGUCCCUUAACAGAGCUUCUCUCUUACCUUGAUCUUUAUUUCCUCUGUUAGGAGGUUAGGAUCCUGUUGUAUCUCAUAGUGGCAAGUCUUCAUUCCACGCUGCUCCCUUCCUGACCUCCCCCUUCCCUGGGCACUGUAAGCUUUAUUACUUGAUCCUCAGUGCUGAUUUUUUUUUUUUUUCUGGUUCCCUUUCUUGGUUGCUAGCCAUUCAGUUUGAAAAUACUGUUGUGGCCUGAAGGGCGUUUGUGCUCUUCCGAAGCUUGAUAGGCUGUGACCUUCACUGUUGAACCUGGUAGGGCAGGGAAGCCUUAAAUAUUUAAAAGAGUUCUCUCUUGAAUAAAUAUAUGUAUCAUUUACGUGUAUACAUAUAUGUAUUCACAUACCAGUGCUUUUAAUUGAAAACCAAACAUAUUGUUUUUCUUUGUGAAGGUUUUUUUAAGAUUAAAAAACCCCGCACACUAUAUAUAGCAGGGUAGAUAGUCACUCAUCGAUUAUAUUGUUUUAGUAAAAGUAUUUAAUUUUUAAAUCAUGUGUAAUUUAUCUAAUUGUAUUUAUUCAUUUGUUACGUUUCUGCUGUAGGUAAUAAUCUCAUUCAUCUUGACUUACCCUAGAAAAUAUUAAGCUCUUGAAAACGAAAAGUGACAUUACCUUGACAGGUUUCUUUUUUGCCAAAAAUAAUGUAUUUUCUACCAAGAAGCAAAUCAGAGUGUUAGGCCAGGUUUCUUUUAUGUUUGUGGCAAACAAGUCUGUCUAUCCUUAAAUAGUUUCUGAGUCAGGAGUGUCCAUUGUGUCCCAUCAGAUUGUUUUGUAGACCUUUUAAAACAUGAUGUUAAGUAACUUAUACGUCUUCUUAAUAUCAAAGUGAAAGGAAUCCUUGUUCACUAAUUUUGGAAGAAGGGUGGGCUUAUAGUUUGAGAUCGUUUAAGGUUUAAUCUUUGAAAGACUGCCAUCUGGUGGCACCAAAGGGUAAUACUUUUCAUGAUCUUUGUACAGGGAUAAGCAGUCCUGCUGUGUUCGUUUGAUGUGCAUUAUAGAUGACGCAAGGUUUUGGCUUCUCCAAGUGUGUACAUACCUCUUUUGGGAAAAACAGGGACACUUAUUAAUAUUUGCCUGAUUGUGAAUGGAUGAUUUUAUAAAUAGGGAACUAAUCAGAUCCCUUAUUGCAAGUGACAAAAUCCGUCACAAUUUUAAAGGCAGAGAAACAGCGAAAAUGAGUCUAGUGGCAUUUAAACUUCGUUGGUCUGAUCACUCAGAUAUUAGACGCUUGUUCCCAUCAAAGGCACAUGGAUGACGAUCAUGUCUUUUGAGUUGAUUUAUUGACUGUUUUCUCAUUCUUGCCAGUAUCUAUGAACAUCCACAUUUGACAGCUGCCUGUUGGAUUUUAGGAGAACCAGCAAUCACAGUUCACACGGGUAUUCUGUGAAUUUUAGAGGGUAGGUAGUACAUUGGUUUGUAGAAAAAAAAGAUACCAGGAGACUCAGUCUGGCCUCAUGCAGGGGUCUGGAACCUUCUGAUUUCAAGAUUGUUCUUUUUUAAGCACCAAGGGAGGCGAGAAAAGCUUCACUGAUUCUCUGUUCCACCCUUAUAAUAGAAGUUGGCCACAGGUUCCCCACCCAGGAUUGGGCACAGAGCAGGAAAGAACCAGUUGCUAGUGCAGAGUUCCCACAUCUCAGUCUAAACUGUAGAUGCAGUGGGUAGCUCUGGCCAAGAACACCUCCUUCCAGGUAAUAUUUUGGAGGAGAUUGUCUAAUGUUAGGUUAUAGAUAAAGCCUUAGCUGUAUCACAGAAGUGGACUCCCUAUGGUUCUAAAAUAGCAUUUCCCAAAGUAGAUCCUUCGAUACACUCUGUAGAACAAGAAAGAACCCAUGGAGUAAAUUUGAAUAAUGUUACAUGCUGUUCUCCCCGUCACGAGGGACGGUGGAUAUGAGCGUCAAAGCCUGAAAGAUCCUUCCAUGAAAAAAGAAAAUCAUUUCAACUUUCACCCUGCUUUGCCCAAAUUAAUUUGCCAUUUUUAAAUAUCUGAUGACCAGAAGCAAAUUUGAAGAUAACUUUUGUAUGAAAAUUAUGUCCCAGGUUACCAUAAUUAGGGUGGUGAAGGAUAAAGUUAGGGUGACACUUCCUUUCCCCCUUAUUUGUUUGGGAGAGAAUCAGGUCCUAAAUCAGAAUCAUUUCAUUUUAACUCCCAGGCAUGGUUACCUUGAGUGAACGCUGGGUUAAACAGAAUCUUUUAAUGUCUGCAAUUUGUUUUAUAGCAGCGUUUCUUAAUCAGGGUAUAGUAUUGUUUGGGUGCAACCUUUAUUCUUUUUGGUGUUGAGUGACUGAAGAACCUUAAAUAAUGUGAUUACUUGAAAAAGAAAAGAUGAAGAGACUAGUGACUCAUGGCUCGGGGGGUGGUGAGUCCACGUACUGAUUCUUACUUUCAAAAUGUAUGGCAAGUAAACAUUUUCUAAAUGCUUUAGUGUAGGAUGCUGUAUUUAGAUCUAACCCUGUCUCUGGAGACAGACACCUUAAGUUGAUAUUCAGGGAAAGGAGCAGGCAAACCACUUACAAGUUGGAUUUUUUAUUUCAUCCACAGACCUUUUACGAGACAAUUUUGUAAUUUCAGGUGUUUACAAUCCUUGAUAUUAGCCAUCUGUGAAGACCAUCCAGGAGCCUAAAUUAAUCAGAGAUAACAGUUAUUUCUUUGUCAGGGAAUUGGCUAUACAUAGCACAGACAGUUCUCAAUUUUCCGCAGAUUGGGUUUCCAGAACAGUUAUGUAAUCCUGUGCUUGCUUUCUCUUAUUCCCUAGCCAGUUUGUACUCAGGGAAUACAGAUUGAUUUUUAGAAUCAAAUGAGAGGUAAUGUAGUAAAUAAUCAGUCACCAUCAAUGGUACAGAUGUUUUGACUAUUUGGAUUUAUCCAUAGCCUCUAUUAAUGUGAAAUAUACUGAUUAAUGUAGGAACCACAGCUUUCCUAUAUAAAAUGAAAAAGCGUGGAAUAGAACCUCCCACAAACACCAUGUAGUUGUCUGUGCACUGGUUAAUGAUUUCCUAUGAUCGUUGUCAAAUCUCAAUAUCUAAACGCUAGACGUAGUCACAGUUUUGUCUGUUUGGGUUUGUUUUUUAAGACCCCAACCUUUUCAAUCUGGCAUUUCUUUACUUGGUCCUCCUGUUAUCCUAUGGCUUUUUAAAUAGGGAAUGUAAUCUAUUUUAAUACCAGAGACUCCGUUCAGAACUCUGGGUGAGGUGUAAGUGCAAUCUGUUGAUAAGUGACAUCCUACGUUAGGCUUCAUUUCUGUGACCCAUGAAAUGGGAGAGAGAGAGAUGAAAGGACCUGAGAGGUACCUUUGAACUUUAAAGUUCUGCCUUUUCACGUGAUUUGUGUCAGCGUACACUUUUUAUAUAUUUAGAGUUUUUAUACUAGUGUGAAUGUUCUAUUUUGCUUUCGUGAGGCAUUUCAAAGGCAUAUACUUGAAUAUUUUUCUAAAUACAACUACCAGAGGAAUCCAAAUGGCAGGAGUCAUCCAGAAAACCAAGCGUGGUAAAACAUUAUAUCCAUUUGGCACAAAGCAGAACAUUAAAUGGUCUAGAUGUUUUCAUAGUGAUGUUUAGAUCCAGAGACCCUCCAUAUCGGUCACCUUACAAUAGCCUUGAGAGGUAACCAGGAAAAGUAUUUUUACCGUGUUCCAGAUGAGGAAGCAGGAGCAGAAAGCUCUUUGGAAGCUUUCAGCUCGUUAAUAUACACCACCUUUCCUCUGGGGAGGGACAGUCUGAGUUAAUCAAACGUGAGUAGUUGGUAAUAAAAAUAAACAGAUGUAUUGCUUUCAAGUCUUAGAGUGACAGAGUAGUCUUCACGGAAUAUUUCUUAGCAUAAUUGUUUGAACAGUUGAUUGUACUAACUGGAUGUAAUUGGCUGAAUUAUUUAUGAUAAGCACAUUCAUUUUCGUAAGUAUUUCAAGUUAAUGAGGGUGCUUAAAAAAUACUGAAGAAACUUUAGGACUUGAUUCUAUUCAUGGGAUUAUUGAAGCACAAUCUUUUUUUAAAAAGGAAAACCAGACCCCGUCCCUAUCGAAAUUAUUAUCGUUUUUGACAAUUAUCUGACUUAAGCCUCUGUAAGUUUCAUAGACAGAUUGAUAAUUUUUCAUUUUGUAUGCCUACGAGAGGAUAGGACACUAUUUUCGUAGAGUAUAUUUCUAUUCACAGACUACCUAAUUAUUAUGGGCUUGUGAGAGAUCCCCCCCCCAAACCGUGUAAAACUUUGAAAUGUAACUUAGGUUUGGUGAGCUUUAAGAAUUGCAUAAACCUUACUUAAACAAGUUGCUGGCAUGCGUCCCUACUCACUUUCCCCACAUCUAAUUAUGUCGCAUUUGAUGCCACUGAACAGUAGUAGCCUAGAGAACAGUCCCCGCAGUCUACACUGGACUGAACUUUAAUUAAACUUCUUCAGCCAUAGCGUGACAAGCAUCAGGAUGGGUCUAGAAUAGGGUGACCAGACGUCCUGCUUUUGCUGGGACAGUCCUGAUUU